UAUGUAAUACUAAAUGGAAAAUAUUUAUGUGACUAUAAUUUGUAAUGGAAUGUUUUUUAUGGUUUUGUACCUGUUUCCGUGCAAAGAUUCAAAUUCUGCGGUCGGUGCGCCAAAUAAUAGAUGCCUUUGCCUGUGUUGCAACAUGACGUAUCGUCUAACACCGCUAACCAACACUGCAUAAGUAAGCCCAAGUGAAAAGCGAAAAUAACUCGGUUGGAAGAGAGAAAGUAAACACCGUAUGCACAGAAUCAGCAGGUCAGCAAUAGCCAGCUAGGACAUUGACGCACCGCCCAAGCAGGAAAACACCAGGGCAGGCAAUCACGACCUCAAAAACAGCCUAGCGCUUCUCACUCUCCAGAGCGUUCUCAAUUAAAUGGCAAAUGGGAACAACGGCAAUGCAAGCGACACGACAACGGCCACCCCACAGCAGCAGCAGGAACAGCGGCUACCACAGAGCGCCCAGCAAUCAAACCUGACUGCGGCGACCGAGUCUUUAAAAGAGCCCGCAUCCAUUACCCUGGGAGUAAACGAUCUCGUGGCGGAUCUCUGUCUAAACGAUCGAAGCAGUGGGGACUUCACGAGUAUGCGGACCUCCACGAGCGGCGCAGGCACUGGAGCUGCCUCUACGUCUUCGUUUUCCUUUAAGCACUUUCUAAGCAACACAGGCACUGUGACCGCUCCUUCAAGCACGGUGACUUCAGUGGAUGCGUCAGCAGCGGUGCAGACAUCCACCGGCGCCCGGCCCAAAGUGCCUCAAUCAGCGUCCGCCUCCCACAUGCAGCCCCCUGAUGUAAAUGGAAGCAACUCCUCAUCAAAAAUGAAGCGCUCGCCGCGCUUCAGCUCUUUCGACUCGCAGGCGAGUCUGGCUGAAUUUGCGGCUUGCGGAGGAGGAUCCCAACACCGUUUGCGACCUGACCAACGGUUGGGAGUGGGUCAUGGAGUGUUACACGCAGCCCUCGACAACGACGACGAUGACGACCACGUGACACUAGCGCAGGUGCGCAACAGCAGGCUUUAUGACGAACGGAUAGAUGACGACAUUUUCCCAUCGGCCGCAUCCAACCUUCAGCCCGCUGCUGGGACACGAUAUGUACCGCGCUCCUACUCUAGCUAUGAGAUGCCGCAAGUUUCAUGUCCCACCUCCUCGCCACGGCGCCGGCCGUCUGGAAACAGAGACCAGCGCCCCAACCGGCUGGUUCUAUCUAGCGGGUCCAAAAUGAAACUGGAUCUGCCAUUAGAUGCGGCAAAUGCGACAGGUGUGGGAGCUAGUGGAGGCGCUGGGACUGCAGCUACUCUGCCUGACUUUGUGCAGGAUCAUCUGCCGGAUGCUUGGUGUGUUGGCCAGGACGCGCAGCUAAGCUCUCCCCCAAACACCCCCUUAGGCGCUGCGCAGGCACCGAGUGCCGCGGCGUGUCUCCUGCCAUCCGCCCUCGCGUCUAUGGGUUUACCCAGUGCUGUCGCCCUCCCAGGUCCGCUCGGAGAGCCGCCCACUGGCCCCACCGUCAAAGUGCUGCCUGAUUUCCUGUCCGAUGGAUCCAUAAUUCAUUCGUCCCAACGCCUAGCUGAUGUAGCUAUUGGGCUGCCCUCCAACGCCAUUGACUCGCCGCCCCAGGACGUAGGCGGAACUCUGUGUGCAUUGCGUCAGGAGAACGAUCGUUUGCAGCGCGAGCUGCAGGAUGCACGCAUAGAGCUAAAUGCGCAGGCCAGAAGGGCUAGUGAGUUUGAGCAGCAAUUGGUUCAACUCCAAGAGGCCACAGAGCGACGGGAAGCACUGGCCUUGGCAACUAACACGCAGACUACACAGCGCCUAAGGCUCCAAAUAGCCCAAUUGGAGGCCGAACUUAUUACCCUACGAAGCGGUGGCAGCUUUGAUGGUGCUGCUGGAGGGGUUCCGUCAGCCAACUCUGGCAGUGCAGCCAAUAGCGGCACUAGCUCUGCGCGAUCGUCUAGAGCGCAUCAGCUAUCAAGGGAUCUUCUGCGGGCAGCCGACACGGCGGAGCAGAAUCUUAGGCAACUGCUGACUGGCGUGGAAAACCUGCGCCAGAUGGCGGCAAAUCUGGAGCAUCCGAUACAGCCAACGACAGCACCACGGAGUCCAGAUCUGUACAGCGAUUCCAACUGAAUGCCCGAAGUGAACUCUUGAAUUAAGAUCGGUUAUUGUUGUUUGUGUAAUCAUUGUGCUAGAGCUUGUUUUUAGCGGGCUCGUGUCCAUACAAAUAUAUUCUGUUGCAUUGGACUGAAAAAUGCUGGGCGGAAGGACAAUGUUAAGAAUCAAAGCGCAAAUUCGUGAUGUUGGUUAAUAAGGAUAAAAAUAUAUAAUAAUUACUUGAUGAUAUUCGAGAAGCCUGCUGAAUAUUUACGGGUAAAUAACGCCACAAUACUCAGCCACUGCAACAGAAAACAAAUAACGCACUGAGUCCAGAAUUGACAGAUCGGCGAACCGAUAAACGCAUAUAUAUUUUUUGUUAUAAACGAUGGAUUACCUGUGCACUUCAGUAGUUUGUGUUGCAGUAUAUAGCAAACCAGGAUUAAAAUAAAACUUUAGAAGAUAA